GACACGAAGAAAGAGUCAAAGAGAUGACUAGGAUGAACCCAAAAAGCACCUACACGAUCUUGUUUGUUAUUAUUAACAUUGGGAACUUAACACAUAGCAGAGCAGAAGAAGAACAAUGGAAGAAGAAGAAGGAAGGAUCAAAUUAGACGGUUGUGGGUACGAUGUUACAACUUCCUCUCAGCUCUGCAUUUCAGCCAUCAACUCCUACUACCAUCAGGUUCUCACCUAUGGUAGAAAGAGACGUGUGAUUCUGGAAGCACUGGUCCAUGAUAACAAUUGUGUCUUAGCAAACACCUUAGCAGCUCAUUUUGUUUCCUCUCAUUCUUCUCGAGCUACCUCUUUACUUCAUGCCGCUAAGUCUCAUCUUGAACAUGCAACCUUGUACGAGAAACUAGUUUUCGAUGCCAUCAGUUAUUUGAUGUCACAAGGUAGAGAUGACGAUGUAGCUGUUGAGUUGCAUUCUAAGCUUCUAAAGGAGUUCCCGAGAGAUUUGGUUUCUCUAAAGCGAGCACAAAUCUUGUGCUUCUACAUGGGCCGACCUGAUCUGUCUUUAUCCCUCGUUAACCAGGUUCUACCUCAAAACGAAGGAGAAAAUUACAUAUAUGGAAUGCUUGCUUUUCCUUUGUUGGAGCUUGGACGAAUGAAAGACGCCGAGGAGGCUGCCAAAAGAGGAUUCGAAAUCAACGAGCACGACGGGUGGUCACAGCAUGCUUUGUGCCAUGUACUUCAGUACGAGUGCCGUUUUAGAGAAGCUGUUAAGUUUAUGGAAGAAUGUUCGUCAUCAUGGAGUUCUUCUUCAUCUUUUAUGUUAACACACAAUUGGUGGCAUGUAGCACUUUGUUACUUAGAAGGCAGUGCUCCAAUGCAGAGCGUGCUCGAGGUAUAUGACAAUUAUAUAUGGAAGGAAUUAGACAAAACUGAUGCUGCGGCUCCCGAGGUUUACUUAAAUGCUGUGGCUCUGCUUCUGCGGUUGUGCGUACGUGAUGAAUUGGAAUUUUUUGGUGAUCGACUCCAUAAGCUUGCAGAUUGCCUUGCUGAUCAGGCAAACUGGUAUUUAGAGUGGCACCUUGAUGUAUUGACAGUUUGGGCUUUGGCAAAGACUGGACAAAUUUCGAAAGCAGACGAUCUUCUAAAGGGAUUAAAAGAAAGGAUUUCGAGGAUGACUAAAAAGAAGCAACAAAUAAUGCAGAAAGGAAUGAUGCUUGCAGAAGUACUUUAUGCAUAUGGAAGAGGUAACUACAAAUAUGGACUAGAACUACUUGGUCCAGAUUUUGACGGCAAUGAUUGCAAGAUAAUUGGUGCAUCUGAUGAACAAGUUGAUGUAUUCAACGAAGUUUGGUACAUCAUGUUGUUGAACAGCGGAGACGCAACAAAGGCAAUUGAAGUAAUUGAUAAGCGAAUCAAGAAGAGAGACGGAACUGCUUUCUUAUGGCGUUUGCUGGAGAGAGGAUACAAACUAGCAAAGAGACCGGAAGCUGAAAUUGCAAAUGAGAAAGCCAAGUUUUUCGAGAGUGCUUAUUUUAACUAAGUGAAUAAUUAUAGAAUCAAAACAUAUCCGGUUCUAUGUGAAUGCAUGUGAUGUGAAUGCAUAAGCUGCCAAUGCAAAAGAGAGUCCUACUCCUUUAGCAUGGUUCACUAUAUUAUUAUGAAAUAAAUGUAACUCAUAGUAUAUUAUAUAUGUAUAAAAAAUAAAUGCAACUCAAAAGUCAUAACAAUGACAAUGAUGCCUUGUUUGUGGUUGGCUAGGAGGAGCCUCCUUCCCCUCCUUUGUCCAUGAAUGAAAAUCUGCGUUCAUAUAGUUGAACGCUUUUAGAACCCUUUUUUUUUUAGGGCUCGCUUUUAGAACUUGUAGUUACAUAAGGUGAACAAUAGUCUUAGAAUUGGGAGUUGAGCUUAACUCAACUCUACUAAACCAACUUGUAAGGUGAUAAUUAACUCACUAUAUAAAGUCAUGUCUAGGUCAUCUCACCUCUGAUGUGGGGCUUCUUAUCAAAUAGACCAGUGCUUAAAAUCGGACAAACUUUUAUGGA